AUGGGAAACGAUGAAGUGGACUUAUCGAAACUUUCGCCUGUUGAAUUUCAAGCGUAUGGGAUGAAGUAUGCAUCUCAAUUUGAAUAUCGUGUAGAGCUAGCUUAUCGAAUUGCUUCGACUUUUAAAGCUCAACAUCUUAUUAUUUUCGACGAUGUGGCAUUAACAGUAUCAAAAUCCGAAAGAGCAACCAGCUUUUUUGCUGUUCAGGGUUGUGAUAGGUCUUUAUUACCAGCCCUUUGGCUUGCUAUGGGUUUUGAACGAGGUGUAACGGUUGUUAUCUAUGCACCACCUAAUCCAAUUGAAUUGCGCGCGUAUCUUGAUAUUAAACAACGUUUUGAAAAACGUUUAAAUAGGUCCAUCCAAGUGCGUAUCAUCUAUCAAGGUCGAGAUAUUCUUCCUCUCUAUCAACAAGAUCCAAAAGAAUAUACCCGUCUUUGUAAACAAUGUCAUUCUUUUCUAAUACCGUUCACCGACGACUUUCAUGCCCAAGAAUUCAAACGUCAUUUUGACGUAAUAACAGGUGAUGCAACAUGUUCAUUGGUCUUUCCUUUUGAAACAAUGGAAAUGCAUCGACAAGAACUAGCGAAUUAUACUAAUGUUGUUCUGCCGGAUAUACCAACAAUGGACAAAGCCAAACAUAAUUUUCUCUUGCGCAAACAUGGAUUUAAAGAUCUGCCUCAGUUACUCAUGGUUUUUAUAGAUGGAUCAGUGAUCGAUGAAUAUGACAAAUAUAUUACAGCAAUGGCAUGUCUAUCACCUUCAGAUACAUUACAUAUUCCAGAAAAUGUGGCUCGCUUCUCGCGAGCAAUAGUAUCGACUAUUGAUCGUUUACAUUUUGAAUAUAAAUACGAAAAAGUCUUUCUUAAAUUGGACGCUAAAGGAGCCGGAGGUUGGUCUUGUGUUUCACCAAAUGAAAAUCCUCUUCUUUACGAUUGGACACAAAAUGUCGAUGUACGUAUCGCUUAUUUAAUUGAUUACAUCGAAAAAAAUGUUCUCGAAGAUGAUCUGCCAACACAUGCUAUUGUUGAAGAAUUUAUCGAAGCACAAACACGUCCAGGCGAUAUAGAGGCUGAUUAUACAGUGUGUGGUUUUGUAUUAGAUUCAAUCUUUUAUCCAACUUCAAUAAAUCUAUGUGGAACUGAUACACGAGGUCAAUAUAUUGAACAAUGGACAGCAGCAGAAGCUAGUCAAAUGGGUGAUACAUCUACUGAUUGGCAACAUAUGUUUAAAAUAUAUGCACGUAUGGUUGCCAUUGAAGCUGAACCAUUUUCAUAUAGGAAUGGUAUUUAUGCUGGUGAUAUUUUUGUUACUGUUAAGAAUGAAUAUAAACAACGUGAUUGGAAUAUUCGUCGAGGUGGACGAAGUACACCUGAAUCUUUAAUUAUGUUAGAUGAAUCAAAUUAUGAAACAAAAGUAAAUAUAUCUAUUCAACAGGAAUUAACUUGUGAAAAACUUUUUGAUCUUUAUACAAAUGUUUGUGAUCGACUUACAGAUGCACCUAACUAUAUGUAUCCAUUUUCAACAGCUUAUUGCUAUUUUUGUAAAUCGGCAGUACCGAAUUUUCUUCGAAUUAAUGUUCUUGUUGAUCCACAACGACUUAUUGAUGAAAACGGUACAAAACUACCGAAAAAUAAACAUAGACAAAAAGUUAAUAAUAUUGUUAAACAAAUCGUUGAUGAUGAAUUAUCGAUCAAUACAUAA